AUGACUUACACCCACAAUCCUAGCUCUGGAGAGGCUGAAAUAGGAGGGUUGCUGUCAUUUCCAGUCUACCUGGGCUACAAAAGCCUGCAGAGCCUGCACAGUGGCAGGCGGGCUGUGGGAGGGAAAGAGCCUCUGGAGAGGCUCCGGAGCCCACAGCCCUCAGCAACAGAGCUGCCUGGCUACGAUUCGCAGCACAGGGGCAAGGACUCUGAGGAAAGCCUUGCGCCCCACAGCAGCUCCUGCCACUCCAACAGCAAAAGACGAGGAGGAAAAGGGACCGUGAGCUUUGCCCUCCUGCCGCUGGUCCACUUUUGCCACAGCUGUGGGUGCAGCCUCUCAUCCCUCUCCGGUGGAGCGGGCACUCCUUCUCAGAUUCUUUGGCUGCCCGCUCUUGUCUUUGAGGUCUCACAGCGGGGCUCUGAGGACAUUCUCCUUGCCUUCCCAUGGAGACAUGAGUUACUAGCAUGGCACUGUGCAAAAGCGUGCCUGCCCUUCCUCACUCUUCCCUGGUUGUCUGGUUGGUUCUCAUGGCUCUGCGUGCCACCACCAUCUGAUGAACCCUGUACAGGUGAACCCUGGGAUCCUGGUUCUGACCUGACUCCCGGCUGGUGCGUCUCACAGUUCCUGCACUGGCGGCGUACAUGUGGUAUAACAGCCAAUACAGACAAUUCUGGCGAAGGGGCCUUAUCCAAACCCCAGGGGAGACUGGCACCAUGUGACCUGGAGGAGUCACAAAUGAUUUCACCAGGGAGUUUUCUGAGCAGCUUCUCAGCACGGUAUUCAGCCUUGCUUCUUGGCCAAGCAGAGCGGCAGCUGAACUUGGAUUUCUUCUUAAUCACAUCUGAGAUGGAGUGAUUAAGUAGGACACAGACUGCGACCUGGGAGAGCACUGCCUUCCGCUCAGGGAAACAGCACGCAGUGUGACCCCACACUUUGUCACUCACUUUGGUGCCUUCCCAUGAACACACAACUGAAGGACAGGGAAAUCUUUCAUCACACGCUGUUAAGGAAAUGAGUAUCUGCUGAGGUUAUUUUUAUCCGUGCCUCUGCUUCCUGGAUGAAUUAGGGCGGUCCCUAAAAUAAGCCAGUGCCUGCCUGUGCUGCAGAAUUUUCUGGCAACACAAAUGUUAGUAGUUUAUGCCAGAUAAUGUAAUAUUGCAAAAUUUUGACAUAAACUUUUUGUCAUACAACUUAGUUAAAAAGGUACACAUAUGUGCAUACCUGUGUAUUAAGAAUUCUUCCUCUUUCUAGCUUUAUCACUAACAUUUUUGGAGAUUCUGAAAACACAUUUCAUUCUAGAAAGUAAAUUUUCUUCCAUACGGCAAAUUAUUUCUUCCUCUUAAGAGAUUAAUGAGAGAGGCAUUUCAAUUUGAGUACCACAUUCUGAAGAGAAAGGAGAAAAUAUUCAACCCUUUGGAGGAUACAGCCAGGAUCUAUAAAAGGGCAGGAGUGAGCAUUUCCCACAGAAUUUUCUAGUGUAGAUGGGGGCAGGUUUUUGUUGUUGUUGUUUUGCUUUUUCCAAAACCCUGAGACUACAUGCCCAGUCUCCUCACACCUCCUCCUCUUUCUCAGGAUUGGUUCUCUAGGUUACUGUGUUACCCAGGCUGGACUCCAACUGGCCUCCACCUGCCUCAGUCUCCCUGAGUGCUCAGAACACAGGCAUGCAGCACCACCACCAGCUAAUAAAUUGUACAUAGUUCUAAAAGUUGUUCAUAUGAUGCAAAAUUAGUGUAUGCCUGUGUGUGUAGUAUGUGUAUGUGCAACCUGCUCAUGGUUCAGAAAUGUAACAGUAUGCUUUCUUAAUAUCGCUAAGCAACCAAUUUCUGGGCUCUGUUUUUGUUUUUGUGGACAAUUCUUUUGUUUAUUUGCUUCCAUUUUUCUAAAUAAAAUGUUUGUUUUUCUA